AUGUGGAGAAAUUAAAUGUUAAAAGCAGAACAGACCCAUUUGGCUUCUCCCUGUCGCCUGUGCUGCUCUCCCUGCCCAGCUGAUCGUCAAGACCUCAGUCAUACACGGAAUAAAAUGGCCCCUCCAGUAUAUGCUGACCUCGGCAAGUCUGCCAGAGAUGUUUUUGGCAAGGGCUACCACUUUGGCCUCCUCAAACUUGAGUGUAAGAGUAAAACCAGCACUGGUGUAGAAAUCACAGCAGGUGGCUCCAACGCCUUGGAGUCUGGCAAGGUCGCUGGCAACCUUGAGACCAAGUACAAGGUGAAGGAGCAUGGGUUGACAUUCACGGAGAAAUGGAACACAGACAACACCCUGAACACAGAAGUUGCAUUGGAAGACAAGGUUGCCAAGGGUCUUAAGCUUGUCCUCAACACCACUUUUGCUCCACAGACAGGCAAAAAGUCUGGAGUGCUCAAAUCAACAUACAAGACUGAUGCUUUGUCAGUCAACCUCGAUUCCACAUUGGAUCUUGGUGGCCCAGUUGUAAAUGGUGCCGGUGUGGCCAGCUACAAGAACUGGCUCGUUGGUUAUCAGAUGUCCUUUGAUACUGCCAAGUCCAAGCUCACCAAAAAUAACUUUGUUGUUGGAUUCACCAACCCAGACUUCAUUCUCCACACAUAUGCCAAUGAUGGAGCUGAAUUCGGCGGUUCCCUCUUCCACAAAAUUAAUCCCGAAUUGGAGGGUGCCGUCGACUUGGCUUGGGCUGCCGGGUCUAACACCACACGUUUCUCAAUCGGUUGCAAGUAUUCCCUGGACAAGGAUGCUGCUGUGCGAGCUAAGGUGAACAACUCCUCACAGAUUGGCUUGGGCUACCAGCAGAAGGUGCGCGAUGGUAUUACUCUGACUCUCUCCACCCUCAUUGACGGAAAGAACUUCAACCAGGGUGGGCACAAGGUUGGUCUGGCCAUGGAGUUGGAGGCCUAAGUUAUGUGAAGGUUGUAGCUGCUGGGUUCUUGUGACCACCACAUGAUGAAUAUUCCUGGUGAGAGUUAAAAGGGAGCCAGGGACACAGGGCUCUGCUUAGGGUGAACUGUUCUGAUGGUGGCAGCCCCACUUGCCCCAUUAUUGCAGCCAAGUGUCCAUAUACGCCAAGUCCUAGAUUCCAGUAGUGUAAAUGAGCGUUGUACAUUAAACAUUUACCUGAGCGUUGUACAUUACUCAAGAUUUUUAUUCUCUCGGGUUGGCGACUACCACGAGUUGUAACUUGUCUUGCAGCUAUGGAGUUGAUUUAUGUCUUAAUAAAAUGUCCUAAAUAAAUUUAAAAUGGUCA